CGAGCGAUCGGCUGACUUGAACGUGGACGUGUCUGAGACGAACUGGCACACGAGACAAACUCAGUUAUAUCACUGGUUUUUCUACGCAAUUCAUUUCAUGGUAUCUAGCGAGGAUGGCAACGAAAGCAAGAGCAUGUACGUCCUUUACUAAACAACAAGUGGCAAUAAUGCAAGAGAUAUUCAACACCGUAACGCAAUAUCCAGAUCCCAUAGCCCGUGAACGUAUUGCUAACGUAACAGAAUUACCAGAAAAUGCAGUCGUGAGAUGGUUUCAAAAUCGCCGCCAAAGUCUACGUUCUAAAUCGGCGACCUUGCCUUCUAAUAUGACUUUACAGAAUUUACCGGAUUUACCAACUAGCCAGGCAUUACCACUGAUCGACUCUAUUUAUGACCGUAGUUGUGUUAUGGAUGACCUUUGCAAACAGUCCAGUAAGGACUACGCACCAUCAACAGCGCCAUCUGGCGAGACGUACAAGUAUACACGUAAUACUAGUAAUCUUCCAACUUCCUGUUACCCAGUGCCAUUUCCAAACUACGAAUAUCCCUGGCUCCAGUGUCAUACAGCAUCUCGACUAUGGAGCGAAAUGACGUCAUCUUCUUAUUUCAACGACGCCACCUCUUGUCAACGUUUUUCUCGAUUCCCUGCUGCGCCCUCUGUUGCUUCUCGAAGUCGGUUAAGGCGGUUUAAUGCGCAUUCCAACACGACUGACAAGCCGGAUUUGUCUCAUCUCAAAACCAAUGACAUACUUUAUCAUUCAGACUUCAUUGAUUGGAGAGACUCUCAGUUGUCAUCGACUAAGACUCAAACUGUUUAUCGUAUGCCGUCUUCAGUGUUAUUCACUGUUAAUCUCCGUCCACCAAACAUUAUCGCUGCUUACCCCGCUUUUCACAUGUUUAUGAGAAAUGCUCACGUUAAAGCGCAGGAAUACUUGUAAUGCAUGGUUGAUGUCACAUGUCUGCAAUUUCAGUCUUUGUUUGGAUAACAAUCACAAUCAUAAUUGGUUACUAAUAUUUUGAGAUUAAAUAGCUUUUUAUAUAUGUAGGUAAUUGGGCAAUUUCAAGUGUUCUGUUUUGUAAUUGGUUGGGCGUGUUUAUUUCAAAGUUUACUUCUUUCCAGUAAUAUUUCACAUACGAUCCCAAAUGACUUACGUUCUACCCAGGGACGUACUUGUACUUGUUUUGAUUGUAUAUUUUUAUUUUUUAUGUUUUCGUGUACCAGCUGCAACCGAUUUCGCAUUUAUUUAUUUGUAAAUUAUUAAAGUUUUUUCAAUCAUC